GCCCCGUCAUGCAUUGCAUGAAAAUCAAAGAUUCAACAUGUCGCUCGCGAGGUUAGUGUUUUGGUCAAAGUACUCAGUUUAUUUUCGUUUAUUUUUUCUCAAAUUUUAGCCCCGAUCUUCAAUUUAUGCUUUCUCUUUUUUAGUUUACUUCCCGCCCCGGCCCACAGGCCCUAUCAGGAAGCAAAUGAUGAUGAUUUAGAGCGGGCAUAUAGCAAAGUAAGUUAGUCGUUGGUCGAAAUUCAGAAAUUUUAUUCCAUAUUUUCCAAUUGUUCAUCAUGAGUUAUAAUUUCUGUGUUUUGUGUUGAUCUAGUUAACAACAGUAGCCGUACCUAAAAGACAACCUCCGCCUUAUGGGCUGAGGAGAAACUGGAUCCCCAGAUCGCAAGAGGUAUUUUCAUAUUUUGAUUUUCCCAACACAUAUUGAGAAAAUAUUAAAAGUUUGAUAUAAGUCAACGUGUGUUAUUUUUAGGAUUUUGGAGAUGGGGGCGCUUUUCCAGAAGUUCAUGUUGCUCAGUUUCCAUUGGAUAUGGGAAAAAAUAGAAACAAGGUUUAUUUUCUGUUAUGGUCAAUUUAUUUAUGUUGUGUUUUUUUUUCAAAUACUGAAAUACAUACAAAUAAAAGCCAAUUAUUAUUUAUUUAUAUAAAAUUAAAUAAAAUAUAUUUGCUUGUGUGUAUAGACAGGUAAACGUAAAAAGGUAAAUUUGCCUGCCAGUAUGCACAGACAUGUAAUUUUGAAUAGUCUUGUGACGUAACAGCACAACUCGAGAGUGCUAAAGCAUACAAAAUGGCAUGUGUGCGCAUAUUGGCAGGCAAACACAUGUUGGGCGAAAAGCAAUGUUAACCUGUCUAUGGGCAGACAAAUGCAACUUGUUCAAAAGUUAGCAUUGGUCAGUGAGGUGGAGGUGUGCACCCCCCUCCCUAACCCUGGCCAGAGGGGGUGCUAUUUUUCAUGACAAAGCAAACAAUAUUAGAGACAAAAUGAGAUACAGUAAUUUGAGUAAUAACAUGAUGAAAAGCAAACUGUGAACAACAAUAAUUCAAAUACAGUAUGUUGAUGGGUGGGUGGCACACAUGACCGAUGGUCCGACACAACUCGGCACCAGAGCUAGCAGAAUACCAGAUCAUGCUGGAUAUAUCAGGUGCAGUUGUAGUAGCUUAAAAAUUUGUCGUAGAAAAUGUGUUGUAUGUACUUGUACAUACCUUGUACAUACACACAUGCAAUGUACCCUUCUGGAAAGUAUGUCAUGUUGGCCAUAGGGCCUUGUUUUCGUGAUUGAGAUGUCACGUACAUGAAAAUGAGGCUCUGUAUCCAAAGUGACAUACUUUCUGGAAGGAUGUAUUUGCAAAUAAAACUUGCCGUACGAAAACUUGUCAUAGAAAAAGUUUUUGGCGGACAGAAGGUACAUUAUACAGUUGUGCUCUAGAUUGUGUUCUUUUUUACAGGGAUCCUCUUCUUCUUCCCUUCCUGUCAAGUUAGAUUCUGAAGGAAGAGUUAAAUAUGAUGCUCUUGUACGACAAGGACAUUCUAAAGACAGAGUAAGGCAGAUUUUUUCCAUCUUUUCAACCCAAAAUAGAUAACCACAACCAGAUAGUGCCUGUUUCACCAUCCAAUAUUGUUUCAUUGUUAUUUAAGGUGAUCCACUCACGGUUCCAAGACUUGAUUCCAGCACAAAUCAGCAAAGAAGACGAUCCAGAGUUACAACGUCCUGAUGAUGACGAGAUAGCUGAGGUAUCUGAUGCACUUUAUGUUAUGGAAACUUUAAUUAUUUGGAUUUUAUAAUGUCAACCUCUCGAAGACUUGAUCAGGUUGCAUCCCUCAACAAUUCAGAAUUGCACCCCCUUGCAAAAUUUAGCAUUUGACCCCUUUCUGUCCCCCCCCCCCCUGAAAUCAUACUCCCUGCCAGAUGUGCCUAGUUUACCCCCACCCCAACACAAAGAGCAGUGCCCAUAUCUAAUAUGUGCAUCUUCCUCCUAGGUUACAGAGAAGACACGGUUGGCUCUAGAAAAAGAAGUUGCAUCAAAAGUAGCCGCGGCACAACCAACUCAUGUGCCGCCACAACAAGGAGGCGCUCAGUAUAUUCGAUAUACACCAUCACAGCAAGGACUGUCCUUCAAUUCUGGUGCAAAACAGCGAGUCAUUCGUAUGGUUGAGACUCAGAAGGAUCCAAUGGAACCACCUAGAUUUAAGUAUGGAAACAACGCUUAUUAUUAUUAUUAUUGAAUAUUUUGAAAGUUUAACAAUUAAUGUCAAAAUACUGUGAUUUUUAUCUGAGGAUAAAUAGCUGCAGAAAGAAAAGAAGCACAUUUGUAUAUUUUCAAUUUUUCAACUACCCUGGAUCUCAUUGCCUGACCUAAUUGAAACCAUCAAAUGCUGAUUCCAAACAUUGAAGUUUCACUUGAGAAAACAUGUUUUAAUCUGUGACUGUUUAAGCGUAGAUGCAAAUGAGGGUACUGUUGGAAUGCAGUCCUUACAUACCUCAAGUGCAUGUCUAAUAUUUCUAUAUAACAUUACUCUAGAAUCAGGGAAACAAGAAAUAUUGUACCUGCUACUAUAUAUAAAGUACAAGAAAUGUAUAUUGUAAAUUUAUAAUGUUUAUUUGGAUCCUUUUUCUUCAGAACGAACAAGAAAAUCCCACGUGGACCACCAUCACCACCAGCGCCAGUUAUGCAUUCACCAAACAGAAAGGUACCAGUCCUACAUGAUAUAUAUUCAUGUGUUUCUUCUUCCUUUAGUAACUUUACUCCAUUGACGUUUUCUUAUAUAUGUAAUUGUUUUUGUUUCAGGUAACAGUGAAAGAACAGCAAGAUUGGAAAAUUCCGCCAUGCAUUUCAAACUGGAAAAAUGCUAAGGUACUUAGAAUUCAAGCUUACUGCAUUUUAAAACAUCACUCACAGGCAUAUAGUUCAUGUGAUUAUAUUUUUAAAAACACAAUAAUUCUCUUCCAGGGUUACACCAUCCCGCUGGAUAAAAGAUUAGCAGCUGAUGGUCGAGGACUUCAAGACCCGCAUAUCAAUGACAAAUUUGCGAAACUGGCUGAAGCUUUGUAUAUAGCUGACAGAAAGGUACUAGGGAGAAUAUAAUAUACUAUGUGUAUUGUAAACUGUGUACUUACCAUAACUCGGAUUGAAAUGGCUAAAAACAUUUACGUAUGACAGUAGGGAGCUUAAGUGACGUUUUUGUCAACAAGGACAUCAGAUUGCCGAGGGGGGACUGGACUAAGAAUUGUGUUUGUAUCAGUUUGUGGUAAUCUCCAACCAGGCCUCGAAUUUCCCUGAAGUCAAUCGACGGCAAUGGCGUUAAAAAUUACCGUAGAACAUAACAGCUGUCUACGGCAAUUUUGGCAGUUUCCACGGCAUUUUUUGAAAUUACUGUAGUAAAAAUUCAAUUUUAUUAUUAUUUGGAUUGUCGACAAGCUGGAAACAUGUUUACGUAUUUCUUUAGUGUUUUCUUUUCGCAGAAAACUCAGACUAAAAUAGUAGUUUAUGCAUGAUUUGAUCAACAUCUGAAUUCAAGUGUCUAAAUAGUAAUGCACCUGUAGUGAAUAGUGCAAAAAUUAUACUACACUGCAAAAAAUUGCCGUCGUUGCCGCAAUGAUCCACGGCAUUUUGUUCUCCCUCUACAGCAAUUGCCGCGAUAAAAUUCGAGCCCUGUCUCCAACACAUGACAAAACAUAAGAUUUCUAAGGUUUUUUGCUUCUUUACACGAGCGCUGUGAUGCCACAGAAUCCCGCCAAAAUUAGUUAUACCGAUUUUCGGUUGAUGUCCGAGUUGACAAUUGAAACGUCGCUUGCUCGCUAGUAGGUAUACAAAAACGCUUAACGUUAAUGGGAAUGCAAUGAAAAAUAGCAUGAGGAAAAUAAGUUUUGUUUCAAUUACUUAUUUAGGCUCGUGAGGCGGUAGAAAUGCGUGCACAGUUAGAAAAGAAAGUCGCUCAACGAGAGAAGGAAAAACAGGAAGACAAGUUAAGGAAAUUGGCGCAAAAAGCUCGCGACGCCAGGGCUGGAAUACAGAAUGCAUCCGAUAAAUCUCAUGAUGAAAAGGAACGCGACCAAAUGCGAUAUGAAAGACAUAAAGAUCGAGAAAAAGAACGAAGAAUUGCUAAAGCCGCACCUGAUAAAAGGUAAGCUAACCAGGGGCCGGUUGUAUCAAGCCCGUUUAGCUUAAACGGUGGAUAAGUCAAAAUUAAAUAACACUCUUAUAUCUUUCGUGAAUCAGUCAACUUAAAUAUUCUGCACUGAAUAUAUAGUUGUAAACAUUAUCGUUCUAUUAAGGUUCAAAACUUUUAGUUUGGUUGUUUAAUGAAUCUAUAGACUUGCUUUCUAUUUUGAGCUUAACCACCGUUUAAGCUAAACGGGCUUGAUACAACCGGCCCCAGAUGUAUUCAGACGUGAUGUCACAACACAUGAUUCCACGUAAUUGUUUGAAAUCCGCCAUUUUGAGUGGCAAAUGCUUAAUGUUAAAUAAAAACAUUCUCGGAGUCAAUGAGCCGUCAAAGUUUCGCAUGUUUGCUUCGGUAUAGAGCUGCUGUCUAUCGCCUUUAUUAAACAUGCUUAAUACAAAUUCAGAACGGCAAUUUUCUGGAGAAUUUUCUCAAGCGUGGCAUGACGUAAUAUUCCCGCGUGACUGCACACUGUUGCAGUUUAAAUCAUGGCUGUUGUUUCUGGACGAUUUCGUUUCGGUUAUACAGAAGUGUCAUUUCUUGAAAAAUUGCUCUGACUAUUGUACCGUACCAAAGUCAUCCCGCUAGCUAAACUGAAUCUAGGGUUAGGAACUUAGGGAACAUAUAUUUUCUGUACAACGCUAACAAUACGAAACUGCAGACAAUAUUAACAUUGAUGAUGAAGUAUGCGAAAGACACUUUCCAAAAUUUUGAAUUUUUUAUCGCUCUGAUUUCGUCCUACUCUGAUCUGAUGGUAUUUUCUUCAGGUCGAAACUUCAACGUGAUCGGGAACGUGACGUCACAGAAAAGAUUGCUUUGGGAAUGGCGGGUGGAGGCUCACAGUCUCAAGAAGCUAUGUAUGACCAGCGGUUGUUCAACCAAAAUAAGG